CACACCCACUACCCUAAAACCUCAAAGAAGCACAAACCUAAAGUAGCAUAUACCUGUGAGGAUGAUUACCCCAAUUUUCUUCGUCUUUUCUCUCCUCCUUUCCUCCUCCCAUGCAGCUGUGCAAGACUUCUGUGUAGCUGACCUCUCUCUUCCUGAAAGCCCUGCUGGAUACGCUUGCAAAAAGCCCGCAGCUGUGACUGUGAAAGAUUUUGUCUUCUCUGGGCUAGGCGUUGCAGGCAACACCUCCAACAUUAUCAAAGCUGCUGUGACUCCUGCAUUUGCCACACAAUUUCCUGGCGUGAACGGCCUUGGAAUUUCCUUGGCUCGCUUGGACCUGGCUCUGGGUGGGGUCGUGCCAUUUCACACCCAUCCUGGAGGUUCCGAAGUUCUUCUUGUUGUGCAGGGAACAAUUUGUGCUGGGUUCGUUUCCUCAGCGAAUACUGUUUACAUCAAGUCUCUUAAGAAGGGUGACAUUAUGGUUUUCCCUCAAGGAUUACUGCAUUUUCAGAUAAAUUCCGGAAAUACUCAGGCUCUUGCAUUUGUCAGCUUCAGCAGUGCAACCCCAGGUCUCCAGAUUCUGGAUUACGUACUGUUUGCAAACAACUUGCCCACUGAAGUGAUAGCCGCAACUACUUUCCUUGAUACUGCUCAGAUUAAGAAGCUUAAAGGUGUUCUUGGUGGAACUGGUUGAUUAUCUGUGUCGUGUCAAUAUUCCUAUUCUCAUGAAAAUGCCCAUAAGAAUAGGAUCUUCAUUCUUCCGUUCAUGAGUAGUACUUGAGGUUUCUAGGUCUAUUAAUAAGAGCAAACAUGUGAGUUGUUUUUAGAAGUUUUCGAGUCUACGCUGGAUUGGGUACAUUCUGACUGCUAAUGUACUACGUAACAUAUCUGUUGAAGCCGGCAAAUUCCAUUAAAGAUGAAUAAAUAUUGUAUUGUGUUUGGUUUGUCGA